AUGACCAUGAGUGCCAGCAAGUUGAGUGAUGCUAGAGGAGCACGCACCGGCAUCACCAGGCAUUGGGCACGGCUUGGAGCGGCAACGGUGGAUGUUAGGCAUGGGGCUACGCAGGUGCAAGAGGAAGGGACGCCGGGAGUUAGGCGCCCUGAGGGGCCGCACCAGGAACUAGGCGCUAGGAGGCAAGGCGCUAUGAGGGGGCGCCAUGAGGUUGGUGCUAAGAGCAGGUGCCAAAUCCUUAGUGUUGGGAUCACGCAGGUUUUGUUUGCGCUGGAUGGGCCGUAA